UAGUAUGCUAACUACCUGUAAAAGUCAAAGAAGAAGAUCUACAGUCUAGCGUAGAAGAAGCGGAGGCCUGGUGUAAAAUGUACUGACAGGAGAAAUAACAGAUGGUGACCGCCUCCGUUUUUGUGGCUCACCAGUCAACAUGCAGCAGGUCAACAGAGGGAACUGGUAGGACUCUGAGCUCACUGAUGGUACCUGACAGUAGUUAACAGACAUGCCGUGGUGCCAAAACACACGGUUAUAACCUGUAAGAGACUACAUACGCAAGAGGAGCGAGAGUGCAGCUUCAUUUGUGUUUUUAAUAGUCAGAGCAACUUGUUCUCUUAAACACUAGCUCAAAUCGAGCUGUCCUCAUCCGGACAAUGGUAGAUAAUCGUUAUGCCACAGCCCUAGUCAUUGGCUCCGUGUUGAGCCUGUUGGCCACAGUGUACCUGUCCGUGGCCGUGGGCACUCAACACUGGUACCAGUACAAUUGUCCACCCGUUAGACACGAAGGCAGCAACGUGUCCGAGCUCAGAGAAGAAUUCAUGAAUGGAGAGUUUGAUGAGAAGACCUACAGUGACACCAUGUUCCGGCUGAACGGCACCCUGGGCCUGUGGUGGAGGUGCAUCCUGGUGCCCAGCCCCAGCCAGUCACACUGGUUCAAAGAGCCAGAUCCCAAGUUGGAGAUCCAGUGUGUGAGCUUCACACUUCCACAGCAGUUUUUUCCAAAGUACAAACAUCCUGGGAACCACAAUGGUGAAGAAGAUCUGCUGAGAACAUAUUUGUGGAGAAGCCAGUUCCUCCUGCCCCUGGUGUCUCUGGCCCUGGUGUUCCUCAGUGGUCUUGUUGGUGUCUGCGCCUGCCUGUGCCGCAGUUUCACCCCCACCUUAGGCGUGGGAGUGCUCCACCUUCUUGCAGGUCUGUGCUCUCUGGGCACUGUUUGUUGUUUCCUGGCUGGGGUGGACCUGCUCCACCGGUAUUCCCCACCACCAGAAGGGGUGGAGGGAUCGCUGGGCUGGUCCCUGUACCUUGCUCUAAUCUCCUUCCCUCUGCAGAUGAUGGCAGCUGCCCUGUUCCUUUGGGCGGCCAGGAGUCACCGCAAAAAUUACACCCGCAUGACUGCUUACAGAGUCGCCUGAAAAAGACCCUUCACCCACACAAAGACACAAAAAAGUCUACUGAUCUGAGGACUAG